AUGCUAAUCGGCAUCUGCGGCUCCAUCUGCUCAGGCAAACACACCACAGCCGAAUACCUAGUCCAGCACCACGGCUUCCUCCGCCUCCAUCUCCCCACGCCCGCACAGUUCCAACCAUCGUCCCCGCCGUCGCCAUGGCCAUGGACAUCAUUGCCAGUUUCAGAUCACUCGCCGGACUACCUCCGCCUCCUGCCCAGCAUCACCGACCAAAUCGGCACGCGCGGCCUCUCCUUCCCCGACGUCGAAUCGCUCUUAGACUUCGUCACCAAGCGAUGGCGUGAGCACUGGGUUCUGACGGACAUUUAUGACGAAGCGACCCUGGAAAUCCUUUUGAGGAGGCCAUUUUUUCUGCUGGUGAACGUGGAUGCGCCGGUUGGGACCCGGUUCGAGAGGUUUAAUGAGCGGUGUCAAACCCGCAAACUCGCACCCAUGUCCCUGACCGACUUUGUCUUCUACAAUGACCUUAAACUGUACGGGUCUCGCGCCGGGGCCGAUUCUUUCUCCUCCUCUGACUCUCAGCGCUCCGCGGCAACGACAAACGCCGCCGUCGAGGAUGAUCCGACUCAGAACCAUUCCUCGCCGCGAACGGCGCUCCUCCCGCUCCUGUCCCACGCGCACCUGUCCAUCCUCAACUCCUUCCCCAGCAUCUCUGCGUACCACGCCUUCCUCGCAACGCUCGACCUCCCAUCCCCGCUCCGCCUACGGCCGACGUGGGACGCAUACUUCAUGACGCUGGCCCACCUGGCGUCACACCGAUCGAACUGCAUGAAGCGGCGCGUGGGGUGUGUGCUCGUGCACAACGCCCGCAUCAUCAGCACGGGCUACAACGGCACACCCAGGGGUCUUGUGAACUGCAACGAAGGAGGGUGUCCGCGGUGCAACGGCUCGGGAAACUCGGGCGGCAUCGCCCUCAGCACCUGCCUGUGCCUGCACGCCGAGGAGAACGCGCUGCUCGAGGCCGGUCGCGAGCGGAUCAGGGAAGGCGCCGUGCUCUACUGCGACACAUGCCCGUGCUUGACUUGCUCGGUCAAGAUCGCCCAGGUCGGCGUCAAAGAGGUCGUCUACAGCCAGACUUAUAACAUGGACGAGGCCAGUCGGAAAGUCUUGCGCGAGGCUGGGGUCGUGCUGAGGCAGUUCGUGCCCAAGAGGAGCGGACUUGUCGGCUUUGAUCUAACAGGAACGGACGAGUUGGGCAAUGACCUGGGCGGAAGCGGAGGGAGGGACGGGAGAGAGAUGGUCGUUUUGAAUGGCAAAAAGCCGUGA